UGCAGGACCCAGGAAACUGGCUGCUUAAAGUCACUUAAAUGUUUUAACAGCAUUGGAAAAUGGGAGCUGCUACUAAGUUGGCGUUCGCUGUUUUUCUUAUCUCUUGUUCUUCAGGUGCCAUACUUGGCAGAUCGGAAACACAGGAGUGUAUCUACUACAAUGCUAAUUGGGAAAAAGAUAAAACAAAUCGCAGUGGUAUUGAACCUUGUUAUGGUGAUAAAGAUAAAAGACGACACUGUUUUGCUACAUGGAAGAAUAUUUCUGGAUCAAUUGAAAUUGUGAAGCAAGGUUGCUGGCUAGAUGACAUCAAUUGUUAUGACAGGAAUGAUUGCAUAGAGAAGAAAGACAGCCCUGAAGUGUUUUUCUGUUGUUGUGAAGGCAACAUGUGUAAUGAACGUUUUUUCUAUUUUCCAGAAAUGGAGGUCACGCAACCAACUUCCAAUCCUGUUACACCUAAGCCACCUCUGUUCAAUACCUUGCUUUAUUCGUUGGUGCCUAUAAUGGGAAUUGCAGUGAUUGUGCUCUUUUCAUUUUGGAUGUACAGACAUCACAAGCUAGCGUAUCCUCCAGUACUCGUUCCAACCCAAGAUCCUGGACCUCCACCACCUUCACCAUUGAUGGGUUUGAAGCCAUUGCAGUUACUAGAGAUCAAAGCUAGGGGAAGAUUUGGUUGUGUAUGGAAAGCUCAACUACUAAAUGAGUAUGUUGCAGUCAAAAUAUUCCCUAUUCAGGACAAACAGUCGUGGCAGAACGAAUACGAAAUUUACAGUUUACCUGGAAUGAAGCAUGACAAUAUUUUGCAGUUCAUUGGUGCAGAGAAACGAGGCACUAGCAUUGAUGUCGAUCUCUGGUUAAUUACAGCGUUUCAUGAAAAGGGUUCAUUAACAGACUUUCUCAAGGCUAAUGUGGUCUCUUGGAAUGAGCUGUGUCAUAUCGCCCAAACUAUGGCUAGAGGCUUGGCUUAUCUUCACGAGGAUAUACCAGGGCUAAAAGAUGGACAUAAACCUGCCAUCUCACAUAGGGACAUCAAAAGCAAGAAUGUGCUGCUGAAAAAUAAUCUUACAGCUUGUAUUGCUGAUUUCGGUCUAGCUUUAAAGUUUGAGGCUGGAAAGUCUGCAGGGGAUACACAUGGACAGGUUGGUACACGAAGGUAUAUGGCUCCUGAGGUACUAGAAGGUGCUAUAAACUUCCAAAGGGAUGCGUUUUUGAGAAUAGAUAUGUAUGCCAUGGGAUUAGUCCUCUGGGAAUUGGCAUCACGCUGUACUGCCUCAGACGGCCCGGUAGAUGAGUACAUGUUGCCAUUUGAAGAAGAAAUUGGCCAGCAUCCCUCCCUUGAAGACAUGCAGGAAGUUGUAGUUCAUAAAAAGAAGAGACCCGUUUUAAGAGAGUGUUGGCAAAAACAUUCUGGAAUGGCGAUGCUUUGUGAAACGAUAGAGGAGUGCUGGGAUCACGAUGCGGAAGCCAGGUUGUCAGCGGGUUGCGUAGAAGAACGGAUUAUUCAGAUGCAAAAAUUAACUAACAUUAUAACAACAGAGGACAUUGUGACUGUGGUCACAAUGGUGACAAAUGUUGACUUUCCUCCCAAAGAAUCCAGUCUAUGAUAGUUGCACUGGUCGUGUCACUGACCGCCGGGACUCUUCACUGGAGCUGCUAAAGCUAACGGGACUGCUUACGUCAUUACUGUUUUCUGUGUGAAAAGACUGGUAAGUCUCUCUGGAACAUCACCAAGAGGGGUUUCUCCUUUAUUUUCCCCUUCCUCCUCCCAGACAUGGAUCCAUGAGACUUUUUGCAUUCCCUGCUUACACCCGAAGGACACGUGACUGAGAAGCGGUAACAUGCUGUUGAGGAACUUAAAUGAAGAAUACGGACCCGUACCGGCUAAUCACGCGUUUUAAAAACUGACAUCAGAUUUCUUAAUACCUGUCAGAAGAGACUAAUUCCUUAAAAUGAACUACUGUUAUUUUUUUUAAAUCAAACAUUUCAUUUCAGAUUUAAAAAAAAGGGUAACUUGUUUUUAUUGCAUUUGCUGUUGUUUAUAAAAAUGACUAUUGUAAUGCCAAUAUGACACAGCUUGUGAAUGUUUAGUGUGCUGCUGUUCAGUGUACAUAAACAAAAGUAAUCAAGUGGGAUAUAGCAACGAGGCUUCCAAGUAUUACUUAACCUCCCUCAACAAGGUAUACCUCAGUUCCACCUCUGCUAAAUUAUGAGAUUGACAACACUAACAAAUUUGAAUAAUAAAUUGAUCCAUGUUUUGUAAAUGAUGUAUUUCAAAUUCACUGUGUUAUUUAAAAAGGGUAAGCUAUGCUUCAUGCCAACAGUAAAUGGCCAUUCCUAAAGCAGUGUUUUUAGCCUUUUCUUGUACUAGCUUGUUGUGUAUAAAAAAAAACAAAACCAAACAAACCAGUGCUGUUUAUUGAAACAAAAUUUUCCUUCCUCUUUUAGUUUAAAGCUUUUCUCUUACCUCCAUUUCCCGGAAUAUCUCGUACAUUUAUUUAACUGAACACUAUUUAGGUUUGCUGUGUCUGAGGAAUAUUUGAAAACUUAAGCAUGACUUUUUCUUUUUUUAAUUUUCUGUGAGCUAUGACACUGGAAAGCUCUGAAUCCUUGUUCUUUUUUU